AUGCAGCAGCUGUUUCCUCCUGAGAGUUUUGGCUAUAGACCUGUCUCUGCCCCCCAGUGGAAUGUGCCGGUGGUGCACGAGGCCCUAGUGAGUGAUCCCUAUGAGCCUCUGGAGUGCUCCUCUCUGAAGGCGUUGUCAUUCAAAACAGCUUUGCUGCUUGCGCUGACCUCAGCUAUGAGAGUGAGCGAACUGUGCGCCCUGUUUCACUCUGAAGAAGAAGAAGAUUUCUAUAUCAACACCUCACAGAUGGAAAGCAAUAAUAUCAGCAAUGUCACAUCCGAUUAUGAUUAUAACUACACCGACUAUGUUUAUAGCAAUGCAAGCAAGGCAACCUACCACAGUUUUGCUGGACCUAAUAUUAUGCAUGUGAUAACAUGCGUAAUCGUUAGUUUCGGCCUUCCUUUGACUCUAGUGGCCAUCUACUCUCUUUAUUCCCAGGUGCAAAAUAACAAUGUUGCUCCAAUCUACAUCAUCAACCUCCUCAUCUCUGACAUCAUUCAGUUCUGCUGCAUGAUCGUCGAAGUGGCAGAACCUGACGGGAAGAUCGAUGAAAUCUUCUUUUAUAUUUACUACCAUAGUGUGCUGGCCAGUGUUGGCUUCAUGGUCUGUGUCGCCCUGGAAAGGUAUUUGCUCAUCGCAUGGCCACUGUGGUACCACGUCAGGAGAAACAUCAAGAGCUCUCUUGUUGUAUGUGUUGUGGUCUGGACCCUUCCUCUUGUUUUUGUCCUUCCUCUCUAUUUCUGGAUUGAAUCUUCACUCAAAAUUUUCGCUGUCUUCCUCCUCGUUCCUUUCCCGCUGCUCAUAUUCUUCCUGGGUGGGACCCUCAAAUCGCUGUCUGCUGCCAUCUCGGUCUCCUCUGAUGAAAAACGACGAAUUGUGGGAAUUUUGGUCCUGGUGCUGCUCAUCUACACACUGCUGUUUCUACCCACCAUCAUCUGGCUCCUGGUGGAAACAGCCAUUUAUAAUCCUACCUUCAACUACCUGACUGUCGUGUUUCUUCAGCUCAGUCCUCUUGCAGACUUGAUUCUGUAUGUUUUCAUUAGGAAAGGGGCCAUAGACAAGCUUUUGGCCUCUCUGUGUUGUUGCAGAAUGGACAGUGAUGAUAACAGCAGAUCAUCAGUAUGAAAGAUAACAACAUGUACACAGUCAGCUCCAUGCAGGCAGAGAAAGAGGGAGAAAGAAAAGGGA